AACACAUUUCUAUUCCACAUAAUGGCGUCUGAUUCAGAUCAGGAACUUUUAGAUCUAAUUGAUCGUGGUUCCUAUGGAUAUGCUAGGACCCUAUUGUCUAAAAAAAUAGCCAAAUUCCCCCAAAAAUACGGUUAUCAAGCACUUCAAAAUAAGAUCCUUUUUCUCACUGGACAAGAAGAAUUAGCCGUCAAGAAUAAUGUUGCUUUACUUAACAAGUUGCCUAAUGAUCCGUUCUCAAUUGAAGUUCUCAAUGAGUUCUUUGUUGAAGUUGGUAUGGAUAGAGAAGCUAACUUAGUUUAUGAAAACGUUAUCAAGAAAUACCCUAUAUCUUCCACAGAUUUAGGUUUAACAUGGUGGGAAACCUCAAUUGACAAGUUUGAUGUCAAGUUGUUCAACAAGAUCUUUAUGCAUUUACACAAGAACAAUAAGUCUUCCAGAUUGUACGCAUUUUGGUACUCAUUCACCUUCUACUUGCUUGUUAAUCAAGAUAAGUAUAGUGAAAAGGAAACUACAUUGUACAAGUCAUUGGGUAAGAGGAUCAUUCAAGAGUUGAUGCCAUUUGAAAACACCCAAGAGUUGUUUGUUUUUGUCAAGUUUUUGCAGUUGGAAGAAGAUUAUACUUCUGUUGAAGAAGCAAUAACACAAGCAAAGUUUAAUUUGGAUUUAGAUUUGCAAUUGAUUUACCUUGACGCCAUGAAACAAAAUUCCAACUGGCAAAAAUUGUACGACUAUUGUGAAGACUUGCUAAUGAACCAGAAAUUUAACGACUAUGACUGUUGGAAGUUGUAUAUCUUGGCGGGAACAAAAUUGAACAAAACAUAUGAAGAAAUGAAUGAAUUUUCCACCUUCACCUUCAGUAGAAACAGUUUAUUAGCACAAAUUGAAUUAGCAAAGGCUUAUGGAAACCAACCACAAAUAUUAGCUAAAAUUGAUCAAUAUUAUGAAAAGUUUAACCAUAAAUUGUGUUGUUACUUUGACCUUAUAAAUUUCCAAGACGAUUUCGAUCCCGCGUUUCUUGGUAGAGUAAAAGCAUCUACAGAACAAAUAUUGCAAAUUAAUCCAACUGAUGUGAAUCAAUUAACUAGAUUAAUUAACAAUCAAAAGUUUACCUUGCUCCUUGAAACUCCUAACGUUGACUGUGAGGCAGAUUUCUUAACUACAAACUGGAAAAUUCAUCAAAUUUACAAAGACAACACUUCAAUCCAAGGUGGUGAAUUUGAUAAUAAUCCCUUGAAUGAGUUAAAUUUGAUUUCGAUUAUUCUUGAUUUAUCUAGGAAUCAAACAUCCAAGAAUAUAAUCAGAAAUAUUGGAAUAAUUAGCUCACUCUUACAACAAGAUAAGUACAAUCAUAAAUUAAAAUUAUGGAUUAUUAAAUUAUAUUCACAAUUGAACAGUUUCAGUUUAAUCGAACCAGUUUACAGUGACUUGAAAAUUAAAAUGGCCCAGCAUGAAACCUUGAACCAUUACUUGACAAAUAUAAACCCAUCCAAACAAAGUCUUGAUUAUUUGGUAAAUAUUUUCAGAUUUUAUUUGACAUCAAAGGAAGAAAUCAAGUCGGGAAUUCUGCAAGGAUUUAAUUCGGGAGUUUUUAACAAACUUGAAAGUUUUUUGAAAUUUGGUAAAAGAAUGACCAAUUCAAUUUCAUUGAAUUAUAUCAUUAGUAAAAUCUUCCAAUUUUCAUUGGUGGUGGGAGAUACUGGUUAUUUGAACUAUUUUGUUGUGUACCUCAAAAAGAGUCGUCAUUUAAUUAUGGAAAAGUUUCCUGAUAAUCGUGAUUUCAGAUCUGAAUGGAAAUUAGGAUUGAAGAGGGAUAACUAUGAUUUAUUGAACAUAACAGUAGAUGAAGAAUCAUCUUUAAAGUUGAAGCUUUUAAUUUAUUCAAUCCUAUAUGAAGAAAAUCCAAACCAAAUUCAAAAAUUAUUGAAAAACUACAAUAAGAUUAUAUCAAGUGUUAAAAUCACAUCUCCGUUUGAUAAUUUAUUAUUCAAAUUAUAUUUCAAUUUGCUAAAAAUCGUUAAAUCAAAGUUGAAUAAUCAAGAAGUUCAAUCACUUUGCAACUUUAUCCAGAAAAACUUGAAGAUUGACAAAUUGAAAGCUGUAUUAAUCCCUGAUGAUUUACUUUCUAGUGAAUUGAAUCAUAAUUUAGUCAAUUUGGCAGAAUUUUUGAAAAUUAUCCAGCUUCUUAAAAAGUCAAGUGGUCUGUCAUCCUCAAUUAUUGACCAGUUAAUCAACAUUUCCAGACAAUUAGUCUACGAAAUCAAGCAAUUGAACCUUGUAAAUAAACAAGUUGAAUUAAUUGACGAUAUGGUAUUUGACUUACCCUUUGUCUUUGACAUCUCAGAAACAACCUCAAUAUUGAAAGAAUCAAUUGCCAACACGUCAACUCCUAUUUUUAAUGCAUUAUCUAGUGUAUAGAGCUACCUGUAAUUAACAUUAAUACCCACACUAGCACUCAUCUGAUUGAUUUUGUUAAUACCCAAACUCAACAAAUACUUUCGAUACUUCAAGUCGGUCUCUUGAGCAUUAAGUUUAAACUCAGGCCGUAUGAAUGCCAUUAAUGAAUCUCUCUCGUGACUUUUGUAUACCUGUCGAAUUAAAUCUCGGUAAAUUGCCUUGACUCGGCUUCGGAAGAGAAACUCUUCUAAUGAUACGGCAUCCUUCAAGCUAUUCCUCUUGAUGGCAUUUUUUGAGAGCUCUUUUUGGAGAAAUGUCGAUUUUGUCAAUGAUCUGGUAAAUACACUAUUCAUAGCUCAAAGAUGGUAGACUGUAUCU